AUGGCGGCAUGGCUGUGGUGUUUCGUCUCCUGGAGUGCAGUUGCGGUAGUACUAGUGCAAGGUGGAGAUAUACGUUCCCUUUAUGCAGAUUUAUUUCGAAACUACUUCAAGGAUGUCCGCCCCUCAAACACUGCAUCAGAGCCGGCUGAGGUUACAAUGAGUCUGGGUCUCCGCAGCAUCGAUUUUGAUCCUAAGAAGGGGGCACUUAAAAUAAACGCGUUGUUAAAAUUGACCUGGAUUGACUACAGAUUACGGUGGUAUCCACCAUCUUACAAAAAUGCCGAUACAAUUUAUGUGAACGCAGACAAGUUAUGGUUACCAGACAUCGUACUGUACAACGCAAUGGCUCCAACAAGAGAUGUAGUGAAUGCUCUUGCCACGGUUUCACAUGAUGGACACGUGGUUUACAAGUCCAGCAAAAUAUACAGUGCUAUUUGUGAUGCUGCAUCUCCCUCCACUGUCCACCAAUGCAAUCUAAAAUUUGGGUCCUGGAUAUACAGUGGCGAUGAGCUUGACCUUGUGCUGGACGACAUGGACAAAAACCAAACCUUCCCUUACUUGGACACUACUGACUACGUGGAAAGUCACUUCCUGGAACUGAUCAGUACCAACGCAACGCGGGUAGUAAUGUACUAUGCCUGUUGCCCGGAACCUUAUGUCGAUGUCCAACAUAGGCUCAAUCUUCGUGUCAAAGACGAAAAAUAAUAACUUUUUUGCCAAAACCAAAAAAGAUAACUUGACUGACAAAACAAAAGAGUCUAUUUCUUAAAUACUUGAGGAAAAUAUUGACCGUACCUUAAGGAAAAUUGCUGCUGUAAUGCGCUUAGCAAAGAUUUGUAUUGUAAUGUGGGUCUCGCUCGUCUCGUCGUUUAGUGGCGUGUAGUCAACACUGCUAUAUAUCUUCUCUUUAAGAAAUAAAUACUGCAGUGGCUUUUAUGUAAGUCAUUACUUGACGAUACUAGACGGGUGGGUAAUAUGGCUGACGACAAGAUUUAUACCCUGGCAGUUGGAAUAUAAAGGAAAGCCUAGUAAUGAUAAUCGUCGUACAUCUUACGCAAUAAAAAGUUCCUCUGUGAAGUGCAUUCAGUUAUCAACGUUA